GUCUCAUGCGGUACGAUAAGUUCUGAGGCAAGGUAACAUCAUAAUUAUGCUUGGUGGUGCAGGGAACCCGAUAACUCAGACACGGAGAGGAACGUGAGAGAGAAAACGCCGAAAGGGACCCUCAUAUCUCUCCUAACCUCGGCGCCAGAGACCAGCCGGGGCGCCUCACAGUAUCGGAAUGUCGCUCCAGAAAGAAGAGGAGAAGAACAAGAACGCGAAAAUUCCUUUAAGCUCAAUACAGAAUGAUGACUACAAGACCUCCCUUGACACCAACGGCUGCUUAUAUAAGCCGGUGCAUCGCGAGGAUCGGCCACUUCUCAACGGGAAAAGGCACGGCUACGGGACCUACGGGAGCCGGGCAGCGCAGGGCGGCGUAAGGCUCUCGUGGCGUGACCUGAGCGUGCACGUGAGGGAGGAGGUGAAGCGCUUCCGAAGAGGGCGUGACGACCAGCGAUCCCCCGCCAAGGAGCUUCUGCAUAACGUGUCUGGCAUCGUAUCACCGGGAAGUCUGACCGCCAUAAUGGGACAAAGCGGGGCCGGGAAGUCCACCCUAAUGAACGCCCUGGCUCACCGAACGGCGCGGGGCAUGGUGGUGAGCGGGGAGGUUCGCGUGAACGGACACUACCUCACCCGUUCCAUCACGCUGCUCUCCGGGUACCUUAAGCAACACAACUUCUUCAUAGGGACUCUGACCGUCACGGAACACCUGACCUUCAUGGCUCGACUCAGGAUGGACCGCCACUGCUCGGCCAGACAGCGAGAGGCGCGCGUGCAGGAGCUACUGACGGAGCUGGGACUCUUGGAGGUGCGGAACACUCGUAUCGGCGCCCCCGGCACCGCCAAGACCCUCUCAGGCGGCGAACGCAGGAGACUCGCCUUCGCCGCAGAGAUCAUCAACGACCCUCAGUUACUCUUCUGCGACGAGCCCACGACAGGCCUGGACUCCUACAACGCCGAGGUUAUAGUGAAGAUCCUGCAGGACAUGGCGGCGCGGGGCAAGACCGUCCUCUGCACCAUCCACCAGCCGUCCUCGGAGAUUUUUACCAUGUUCAACCGGCUGCUGCUCUUGGCCGAGGGGCGUCUGGCGUUCAUGGGAUCCUCCGUGCGAGCCCUCCACUUCUGGGAGAGCCUCGGCCACAAGUGUCCCUCCACGUUCAACCCCGCCGAUCACUUCAUCAGCACGCUCGCCGUCCUCCCCGGCCACGAGAUUCGCUCCCGGGAAAGCAUCCGUCAAAUCUGUGACAACUUCGCCGCGUCCGCUUAUUUCAAGGACAUCGACAUCACCAUCCGACAUUACGACAUCCUUGAGGGCAGCACCAGCUACGAGGAGGAACAUCUCUUUGAAAACAUUCCGGAGAAGCCAGGCUGGAUGGUGGAGUGGUGGUGGCUGUCAAGGAGGUCACUGCUGGAUGCCCGUAGACACGCCAGGUUCCGCACCACCUUCACGCAGAAAAUCGUGUUCUCUCUCUUAGGGGCUCUGUGCUUCUCCAACCUCUCGCUUAACCAGGCCGGCAUCCAAAACAUCCAGGGCCUGCUGUACUUCAUCAUCGCCGAGGCCUGCCACCCGGUGUUCUUCAGCUCGGUGGAUAUGGUCCGCGGGCACCUGCCACUGUUCUUCCAGGAGUACGAGGACGGACUCUACGGCUGCGACACUUACUACUUCUCAUUAAUGGUGACGUUGCUGCCUCGCCUGCUCGUGGAGACUGUUGUGUACUGCGUCCUCACCUACUGGUUGACUGGUCUGCAGCCCUACGCCUACCCCUUCCUCUUGAUGUUUCUGAUCACCCUCUCGGCCAGCCUCACCUCCUCUUCCUGUGCGGUGUUGAUCUCUGUCAUGUUUGAGAAGUUUGACUCCAUCAUAAUGGCUACAGGCGCAAUACAUUUGUUCAAUGUGGUCUGCAGUGGACUCUUUAUCAACCUCGACACCGUGUCAUGGCUCACAGGCGGCCUGAAGUACCUGACGUGGGUGAUGUACGGCCAGGAGAUGCUCACCGUCUCGCAGUGGUCAGACGUCAAAAACAUCACGUGUGAGUUCCCCGAGGGAGUGCCUUGUAUCACCACGGGCGAGGAGGUGAUUGAGAAGUACGCCUACCAGACCUCCGACCUGUACCCUGACUUUGCGUGGCUGUUCCUGGUGUACUGCUUCUACCACACCCUCGGCUUCAUCACACUCUACUCAAGGGCAAGGAGGAAGUAACCGGGACAGGGGACAGAGGUAAGGCGUAGAUACAAGUAGCUACAACAGUGCUCAGACUAACUAGCGACACCUCCACGGCUCAACACGAUGGCUUGGUCACAGGGAGCAGAGGUGUGAGUCUUACCCUCUGUUCAUCCACCUAUAAUCUGAUCAGCUUGACAGGCUCUGCAAGGGAUGGCUGCCUGUGAGAUGUAAAGAUUAAGUUUUCAGGCAGGUAUGUCUCCCUCUUGAAGCUCUGUAACUUAACUUCCCUGGGUUUAAAGGAUACACCAUUAGUAUUGCAGAUCAUUUAUUGAUAAAUAAAUCUAAAGCUGUAUAAUGUUGAUGAGGACACACAACAGUAUUAGUUGACAGCUAAUCUAUGACACAAGUCCAAACUUGUUAUCAUGAAUAACUCUGAAUGGCUGGUUGCUUGUUACUUUGUCGAUGAUACUAAUCCAUGCAUGUGUCAGGCACCAAUUAGAGUAAAUCACAGAUGAUGAACCACUCAGAGUUUGUCAGCUUCCAAGCUACAGAAACGUCCCAACCAUGGCGAGAACGGAAGUAAUUUUGUAUAAAACCUUCGUCAUAAUCACAACGGAACAGAGAUAGCAACACAGAAGAUGUAAUAAAUAGUCUUCCAUUUUUAUGGAAGACUAUUCCAAAAAUUCAACAGCGCUGUCUUGGCCGAGACGUGUGUCCCACCUCAAGACGCCUAUAGAGCCUAUGUAUCCGACCUUGAUCACAACAACAACGAAAAUGUUGCCAUGUAUAUAUAUUUAUAUAUGUAUAUGUAUAUAUUAUGUGGAGCAUAUGUAUGUACAGGUAUUGGUUUACAAUGAGUAACAUAAGGGUGUGCACGACUGGCAGACACACUAACGUAAGACAGGUGCACGUACUGGUCACACACACAAAUAUGCAUAAAAUGGGAGAAUCAUGAAUCACAAGAACAUUUGCUGUUGGAAACCUCAGAGUACAGAAGUGAGGCAAACAGGAGCGUCUCCAGGGCACAGGAGCUCAGGUCCACUCAGGCCAGUCACAGGGAGGAGCCUCCGCCUGAAUGCACCUUGCUGGGCGACUCACAAGAAAUAGUAAUCAUGCUGGCUUUAUCGUGUGUGCAGCCUGGCAUGCAAGACACAUCAUGAGAACAGCAAUAGACAUGAUCCGUGAACACAUGUUGUGACCCCUGACAGCACUGUGAGGGCAGGUGUGUUGUGGCUGGACAGGUUCUGAAUACAUACACUUGCACCUGAUUGUAAGGUAAGCUCAUGAGGGAUACAGCCACAGCCAAGGGACCAUGGUAUUCAGAGCUCUAUACCCCUUUCAUCUCCUCCUCCUUCCAUCUCCAUCCUCUCUUCAUCAUCUCCAUCCCUCCAUAUCUUAAGCUGAACCAGAGUCUUGCCACCUCUCUAUUCUCCUCUAUAACCCUUCAUCUCCAUCCCUCCAUAUCUUAA